CACCACCAUAAGCAUAGCCUCAAUUCCGCUGGCGCGAUGGGUGUCGAACAUACUUCAUUAUUUUACGGCCAAUUGCAUAUCAUGGAGUUUGGAGGUUGAAGUUCUUGCACGAAGUCACGGCAGGCGGGAUUUGAUGAAUAGUGACGAGUAUUAAACCCUGCCUGACCGCCAGUCGUCCACAGCCAGCUCGCUAGGUAGCUGUCCGCAUCCCUGACAAUUGAAUCACUGCAAUCGGCUGCCUUUCUCUUCCGAAUACCUAUCAGAAAAUCAACUUUCUUCUCCAAAGCUUCUCCAAAAAUGCGAUCAAGCCUUCUCCUGCCCCCUCACGGGUUAUUCUCUCGCGACUCAGUCCAGCUGGGGCGGCUCGUGCGGAACGCCACAAACCCGCACCAAGACUACCACUAUCCGUUCGGCGACUCCUCCUCCGACGCUGAACACCCCAGCGUCGUCGUCAAAACCCAGCAGAACUUCCAAGAGCUGAUAACUUCAUCGCGGUGCGCCAGUCUCCGGACGCGCCUGAAGCUUUCCGCGAUCGGCGCCAUCACCACGAACGCCACCGAGGCGCGCACAUACCAGCUCGACAACUCCGGUGCGUGGUUCAAAAAGGCGUGUGGGGAGAAAGCGACGCGCGAGUGGAUCCUGGAUGCGAUCAAGGACGGCGCCAAGAUGUAUCUGACGGUCGGCUACCAUGUCGUCGUCGAUGCGCUCGUUUACGAGAGGCGCGGGGAGUUCGCGGACAAGGACGGCCAGGCUAGAGGUGAUGGUGGUGGUGAUGGAAAUAGCGAGGUGCAAGGUGGUCUGGACUCGGGUAACGUGCAUGAGCGGAAGUUUGGCGCCCCCGGAGAACACAUCUAUGCUGUGCAGUACCGGAAGCUCCGGUUCAAGUGGUUUUCCAGCCAUGAUGUGGAUCAAGUUGCACUCGAGCGGAAUAAUCGAUGGAAGGUGUCGUUGGGAGUGCGAGGAGAGGACGACGGAGAAGAAGAUGAUGUGCUGGAGGCAGAUUUGGCCGAUGGGAUGGAUGUGAAGGGCGGUGAGAGGUAUGUGUCUGAGGAUGGAAUGGAUGAAUUCGUGUUUGAUUGGGAUGAGGAUGAGGAUGACGAUGACGAUGAGGAUAAAGAUUAAAGAUAGAAAUGGAAUGACUCUUCAU